GCAGGAGCACAUUCCCGAGUGUCCCGAGUGCCUUGGUGUGGUAGAGAUUUGAGAUCCGGCGUGAAAACUGUUGCCCAGCAUGAAACUAAUCGCCCUCCUGCUGGCCACGUUGGCUUGCGCGAAUGCGGAGCAGUUCGAAGGAUACUUCUACCCGAAGCCAAGCUGCCCACUCCCGGAAACGGUGUACGUCACGCAGACGGAAACCGACUAUCAGCGUUACACGGAGACAGUUAACGUACCCGGCUACAAUGACGAACAGACGGUCGUGUCAUCCAUCUACAUCACCAGCACCUACACGGCAACCGUGCCCCUCUACCAGACGGUCACAAGCACCACCACGUACACCGCACCGCCACAGCAGCUGCCGGGCCAGACGGUCUACAACACCGUAACGCUGCCACCGAUCGUGUCCACCACGACCGUCGUAUCCGCAACUCCGGUUUUCCGUACGCUGACGGAAACACGCACCGUUACGCAGCCUCCGGUAACGCUGCCACCGCAGGUCGUUUACUCGACCGUACAGCUUCCGCCUGUGACACGUACCGAGACCUCGGUCUACACCACCACCACACCCGUCAUCCAGACCGUGCAGGACUACCGCACGGUAACGCUUCCACCCGUUACUCUACCAGCCCAGACGAUCUACUCGACCGUGCAGCUUCCACCGGUGACCCGUACGGAGACGUCCGUCUUAACACGCACCAGUCAGGUGGUGCAAACUGCCUAUGAAACCGUUACGUUACCACCCGUAACGCUUCCGCCACAGAUCAGUUAUUCCACCGUUCAGCUGCCAGCGGUGACUCGCACCGUCAACUCGGUUGUCACCAGCACCAUGCCCUUCUACCAGACCGUUACUGAUACGCGCACGGUCACGCUUCCGCCCGUUCAGCUGCCAGGACAGACCAUCUACAGCACGGUAACGCUGCCAGCCGUUACACGCACCGUCAACUCGGUUGUCACGCAACCGGGCGGUUUCCAGACGGUCUACGUCACCAGGACGGAGGUGCAACGCGAUCAGCAGCAGGCUCAAACGAUCUACAGCACCGUAACGCUGCCUGCCGUUACGAAGACCUUCUGUGCACCGACCUACCUGCCGCCGCAGAACACCCAGGCCUACUACAACCAGGGCCGGUACACGAACGGGCUGUUUUAA